AUGUCAAUCAGGGCCAGAUCGCACACAGAUCUGCAGAUGUCCUCGCUAGAUGACAGCCUGUACAAAUCUUUCUCCAUGAGCAGCAGUAACGUUAACAGAGGCAGCCGGUUCAAGGAUGGGGUAACGGAAGAAGUUAAAGUCCUCUCCAGGCCGUCCAGGAGGCCUGUGCGGGCGGUCAGGCCAGUCAGCGCCGUCAGCUCCAAUGGCUCCUUCCUCCAGCUCAAUCAUCUGCAGGGGGAGCUGGUCAGAAAGAGGAAGGAAUGUGAGGACCUGAAGAAAGAAAACAAGUAUUUAUCAAACGAGAUCCACAUGGAACGGAUUAUGAUGCGCACAGAGAGUGAGCUAACCAUGAGGAACCUCAGAAACUUGAACCAGGAGCUACAGGCUCAAGUUAAGGAGCUGAAGCAGAAGCUGUAUCAGAGCCAGCAAAGGUCAAUGUUAUGUUCGCGAGCUGCAGAUGAAGCAGAGGAGUCCAGGGCGGAGGCAGAGAAGGGCAGGGCUGUGGCCGAGGCUCGGUCCCUGGGCUUUCACCGGGACAAGGAUGCAGCUGAGGCUGACAGGGGACGUCUGAGUGAAGAGCUGCAGAAGCUUAAAAAGGAGCACGCGAACGUGCAGCUUUUACUGGCACAAACAGAGAAGAACUACUUUGAAAGUAAGCUGAAGUUGGAUCGGGUGUCUGGCGAGAAACAGGCCCUCCUGCAGGAGAGCAGGAGCCUGGAGGCAGACAGAGAUGACCUCCGACACAAGCUGAGGAAGCUCACCCAAGAAAAUGUCCAAAUUAAAGAGAGUGAGAUGAACUGGAAACGCAGAGCGACAGAAUCAGAAGAGGAGAGCAAAAGAGCUAACCAGGCUCGGCGGGAAGUCGAGGCAGAGAGGCAUCUGGCUGAGAAGGAGAGGCAGGAGAGAGUGGCCGAGUGCCUGAGCUGGAGGGAGAAGUACCAGGAGCUGGCUGACAUGUUUCAAGUUCAGGAAGACCUGAAGGCUCUGAGGCAAAAUAAAGCAUGUCAAGCCCACAUCAAAAGCUACUUCCUGUGCAUGACUGAAAGCGACCAGAGGGUUAAAAUUCUCAAAAAUCCAGAUGGCACUCCGAGAAAUUUCACAGAAGGAGAUCCUGUAUACAUCUCCACUCCAGAGUCCAGCGUUGAAGAGCCUGAAAGGAGUUCAUCUAGGACCAUGCUCAGGGUGACAGCACCACACAUGGGGAGAGAUCUGGGUCCGAGUCACUUUGAUGAGCUGCCUGCCUAUGGAGGAGAGCGACCCGACUCAGGCCCUCUGCGCAGAAGCAGGAAGGUGGUGGAUUACUUCUGGAUUCCCACAGAUCAGGACUGA